CCUCAACCCAUCAAACGCCUCACUUCCCGGCAAGCAAACCUGUAUUGCGCAACCAACGAACGCCGGUCAACACGGCGUAGCAGUCGUCACGCGAGGGACAAACCCCCCAUUCAUCCACCCACAUCGCGCCCAUCACCCCUUCGACGGCCGUCUGCGACACGAGCACAGCUCACCGAAGACCAGCGUCAAUCACGACACACCUGACACAACCGACAAACCCAACCCGUCGGUAUCGAGACACGUAAUUAAGCUCAGCAUUUUCAUCUCUGCCACGUACAAUCCUACAAGAUGGCGGCACGCAAACUCCAACAAGAAGUCGACAAGUGCUUCAAAAAGGUGGCGGAAGGCGUCGCCGAAUUCGAGGCCAUUUACGAAAAGAUUGAGCAAUCCAACAACAUCUCCCAAAAAGAGAAGCUGGAGGACAACCUCAAGCGCGAAAUCAAGAAGCUCCAGAGACUCCGCGAUCAGAUCAAGACAUGGGCAGCAAGCAACGACAUCAAGGACAAGUCUCCUUUGCUGGAGCAUCGAAGGUUGAUCGAGACGCAAAUGGAAAAGUUCAAGGCCGUAGAGAAGGCUAUGAAGACCAAGGCAUACUCCAAGGAAGGGUUAGCCUCUUCAGCCAAGCUCGAUCCCCAAGAACAAGCAAAAGCCGAGGCAAGCGACUUCCUAAAUAGCAUGGUCGACGAGCUCGAGCAACAAAUCGAAACCCUAGAAGCCGAGGCCGAAUCGAUACAAGCGACGAUGAAGAAGGGCAAGAGCCAAACUGCCAAGGCGGAACGAAUGGCCGAGAUCGAGCGCAUCAUCGAACGUCAUAAGUGGCAUCAGGGCAAAUUAGAGCUUAUUCGGAGAUCUCUAGAGAACGGCGGAGUCGAUACGGAUCAGGUUACUGAACUUGAAGAGACGAUCCGAUAUUACGUCUCGGAUGGCAUGAAUGAUGACUUUGUCGAGGACGAGGAGAUGUACGAAGAGCUCGCUCUGGACGAGGACGAGGGCGCAUUUGGCCUAGCUCAAGAUGGCGACAAGGGCUCAUCGCAAGAUGCUCAGUCAAUAGCGGAGGAACCGACACCCGAACCAGAAAUCAUCAAGGCUCCCCCAAAGCCAAAGGCGGUAGCAGAGGCAUCUGCUUCAGGACGCAGGUCGAGCUCACAGAACAAGUCCCCACUGCCUGCGUUAGCUACCUUGCAUAUGCCGACAAUCAUUGGCAAUGGCGCAGCAACCGGGCCUACGAUGAAGCCAGCGGUAGCCCCCGCAAGACCUGCUGAAGGCCUCAAAUACGCCUCUGCGGCGGCGGCAGCGGCAGCGUCAGACAAGAUCGGCAUCUCUCCUUUGCCCCCUCCGCCAGGCGCAGCACCCGUCCCUGCCAGUACGCCGGGCUCGCAAUCGAAAACCAGCGCUACAAGCUCACCCGCAACGACAUCAGCGCACCCUGUUGCAGCAAAGGAGCCCGAACCCAAGCAGCCACCACCACCAUCAACAACCCCAAGCGAACCACCGAUCGCAAAUGCGAGCGCCAGCGCAAACGCAAGUGCAAGCACAAGCACGAGCACAAAGGCCGUCUCGGCCCCUACCAAGGCAGAGAAGCGUGCGAAAAAGGAGCAGGCUGCGGCAAGUGCUUCGGGGGCAGCCAAAGCAUCUCAAACAAAUGGUGCCACAAAUGGGGUCAAGCCUACAGCAGAGGAAGAGGAAGAGUCCAUAUAUCACCUUCCGUCAUCUUUGCAAGACCUCGUCGAGUCUUUUGAAGCUUCCCGCAAGCGCCCGGCGCCUCUCAACUCGCCAUCCACGCAACGCAUGCUCCAGACCAGCCAGGCUACGUGUCCCGACAUCAUGGAUGCAGAUGUGCCCAGAACGUACCGUCCCGACUUGCGAUUGACAUCAACUGGCGUUGGCUUUCCUCAAGAGCCACUCCCUUUGUUUGAUGACCCGCGGCUAUACUCACGGAUCGACCCUGACACGCUCUUCUACGUGUUCUACUACAAGCAAGGCACGCCCCAGCAAUACCUGGCCGCCAAGGCGUUGAAGGACCAGAGCUGGCGGUUCCACAAGCAAUAUCAAACCUGGUUCCAGCGCCACGAAGAGCCAAAGAACAUCACCGAGGAAUUCGAGCAGGGCACAUACCGCUUUUUCGACUACGAAAGCACAUGGAUGAACCGAAGAAAGGCGGACUUCAAGUUCGCGUACAAAUUCCUCGAGGACGAUGUAUGAAUAGGCAGCAAGGUUUACGGGGUUUCAUGCCAGGCGUAGCCUCGGAUUGGGAUGGGGGCCUCAAACCAUUGGUAUCGGGAGGAACGGCGUUGCCUCUUUUUGCGGAAACAUACAGCCAAGGUCUAUCUGGCUCACCUUUGUUGAAGUACACUGACUAUUGACUGGCUAUGAAAUGGGGAGGCUACAGGCCGCUCCAAUUCGGCUUUUGCACAUGAAGACAAAACAACCUAUUCGCAAUGCGCGUGACCUUUGAU